AUGGGUUGUCUGAACUCCACUACCAGAAAUGAGACUUUGCCUGGCACGCGCCCUUAUACUGUGCAGACCUCUGUGCCUCUAACGAUCAUGGUGGCUAUCCUCAUCCUGCUUACUGUGUUCGGCAAUGUCAUGGUAGUAAUUGCUGUGAUCACAAGCCGAGCCCUGAGAGCACCUCAGAACUUGUUUUUAGUCUCUCUGGCAUGUGCAGACAUCCUGGUUGCCACCUUAGUGAUACCAUUCUCCUUAGCGAAUGAGCUGAUGGGUUACUGGUACUUUGGUAAAGUGUGGUGUGAAAUCUACCUGGCUUUGGAUGUGCUCUUCUGCACCUCAUCCAUCGUACACCUGUGUGCCAUCAGCCUGGACAGAUACUGGUCCGUCACUCAAGCGAUUAAGUACAACCUGAGGAGGACGCCGCGCAGGAUUAAAUGCACAGUCUUCAUAGUUUGGGUACUGGCGGGCAUCAUUUCAUUCCCUCCGCUGAUCACAAUGAAAAAGAACGAUGGUAAAAAGGACAGCCCUGUGUGUGAAAUUAAUGAGGAGAAAUGGUACAUCAUAUUCUCCAGCACUGCCUCUUUCUUUGCACCCUGCCUCAUCAUGAUUACAGUGUAUGUUAGAAUCUACCUGAUUGCCAAGAAAAGAACAAGAGACCCGCCAGGUGAACGGCAAAGAGAAUAUGGCCAUUCAGGCAACCUGGAGAGAAAAGACGAAGAUGAGGCGGAGGCGGACGAGGGGGACGGAAGAAAGGUCGACGGGCUAGACGUGGAGGAAGAGCCGUCCUCGUCUGAUGGGAACGAAACAAUCCUGUGUUCCCUGGUGAAGAGGAGGGGUAUGAGAACAACCAAAGUGGCUCAGGUGAAGCCUGGAGAAGCCCCUCUGAAGCCAGAGGUGCAGCCCUGUGUGAGAGGGGGCAGGUGGAAAGGAAGGCAGUACAGAGAGAGGCGCUUCACAUUCGUCCUGGCUGUGGUCAUGGGAGUGUUUGUUCUCUGCUGGUUCCCCUUUUUCUUCACCUACACGCUCACGGCUGUGUGCUGCACCUGCUACGUCCCAAAGACAUUAUUCAAAAUGUUUUUCUGGUUUGGUUACUGCAAUAGCUCGCUUAAUCCUGUUAUAUACACUAUAUUCAAUAAUGACUUCAGGAGGUCUUUUAAAAAGAUCCUUUGUAAAGGCAACAGAAGAGGUUUAUAAAUAAGAUUUUUAGGUUUUGGGUCAUCUACAUUAUGGCACAUAUCAGCGUAUAUGUUACAUUAAAAAGAUCAAAAUCAUCAAAACAUAUUUGUUGAACAUCUGAAAAAUGUGAAACGUAGCAUAUUUUGCUUUUGUAUUUGCAUUUUGUGUAGCUCCACAUCAGUAAAUGUCUGUUUUGUAAUAUUAAAUCAUGAAGCAAAUACCUAAUGUGCAUUUUGUUUU